CCCUCUAUUUAACUCUCUCUUCCCAUCCUCUUUCGCUCCUAUUUUCUGUCUUUUACUCGUUUUCUCCUUCUUCCCCCCCCUGUUUAUCUACCUCUGUCUCUCGCAGUCUCCGUCUACCACGAUGCACAGGCUCUUCCCAGUGUUGAUGACGUUGCUUUUGGUAACACUGUUCUUCCUGGCUGCCGUGAGAGUGCUUGUGAAUUUUCCCGAAGUGAUGGUGGGUCCAAGCCAGCGAGACCUGAGUUCUCUGCUGAAGCCUGGUCUCAGCCAAGACAGCCGAGAUCCUUUUCUGAAGCCUGAAGACAGCCAAAGCCGAGAUUCUCUGCUGAAACCUGAUCUAAGCCACGAAAGUCAGGAUCCUUUUCGGAAGCCUGAUUCCACGGAAUACAACACGAGUUCCUUUCCCAGCUCCACGACAAAUACUAACGCAGGCGAAGAGACAGGCGCCUUGCCCUCCUGCCCGGAAAUGCCUGUAGUCUCAGUUCACAAAAUAACGGUAGAAGAGGCGCAGGAGGCGAUAACGGGCGUGCGAGCAGGCGGGUCGUGGCGGCCGCCCCGCUGCGCCCCGCGACGGAGGAUGGCCGUCAUCGUGGCCUUCAGGAACAGGGAGGCCAUGCUGGGUCCCUUUCUGUACCGCAUGCACCCUUUCCUCCAACAACAGUUCCUGAACUACACGAUCUAUUUGGUGGAACAAACACCGGAGGGGAACUUCAACCAGGCCAAGCUGUACAACGUGGGGUUUGUGCGGGCGCGUGCUGAGGGCCCCUGGGACUGCUACGUGUUCCAUGAUGUGGACUGCCUGCCCGAGAACGACCACAACCUCUACUUCUGCACAGACCAGCCGCGUCACCUCGGGGUCUCGCGUUCGAAAACUGGCUAUCGAUACAGCAACAUGUACCUGGGCUGUGCUAAUGCCCUGACUGGGUGGCAGGUGGAGAGAGUUAACGGUUGGAGUAACAGGUACUUCGGCUGGGGUGGCGAGGACAACGACAUGCUCCGACGCAUCAGAGCCUCAGGAAUGAGUGUGAUUCGCAUGAACGAAAAUGUGGCGACUUACAAGAUGCUGCAACACCCCAGGGCAAGGAGGAAUCUAGAAAGGAAAAUGUUUCGAAGAGCUCAAUGGACAUACAAGCAAGACGGUCUGAACACUUUGAACUACACCCUUGUUGAGCUGGAGCGUCGCCCACUGUACACUUGGCUGUUCGUUCGCGUGUGAGGCCGUGGGGGGGAAAGAGAGGAGAGAAG